UAGCUUUACUACAUCUCCAGCCCUGUCUAAAAUUCAGUAGAGAACUAUAGGACGAACACGUGACCAUCCCUAUCCCGGGAGCUUUGUGCUUCGGUAUCAUGGCGGCACCUGAGGCAGGAAGUUGUGCCUGUCACGUGACGAAUCCCCUAGAAUCUGGCGAGUUUAGUUUCAGGCACUCGGCAAUUCUCUCUCUCAGCGUGCACGCAAUGACGGAAAGGUUUCUCAGAAAAGCGGCUACAGCCAUGAAGGAUACGUGCCCCGGACUGGCUCGGCACCUCAUCUCACUCCAACCUUCGCACAAAAAGAAGAAAAAAGAUGAUAAAGGAAUCUGUCCAUUUUGUUUCCAAAUCCGUUUGCCUGAUAAUCAUAAAGUCCGUCUCAAGCCCAAAAUGAAGCUAACACCUCAGAUUGAAAAUCUGCUAAAGAAGGAGGCCAAAUGCCACAGACUUAAUUUGAAGCAAACAAACCUACUCAGGAAAUAUAAACUUUCUAGGAGUUAUCUGGUGGUUACAUGCAAUACAUGCAAAAUGGUUUCCAAGUAUCCUGGAGAAAGCAGAAUCGUUAUUGCCAACAGUCCAGGUACGCCCAAGACCAUGAGGAAUUUUGGAUCUCCUGAUUUAAGAAAACCUGGAUCCAGUCGAAAAGUCAACCUCUCUUACAGCGAUGAGAAGCUUAGUUCUAAAACGCGAAGCCCUGUACUAACACCAAGGUCAUGUGUCUCUGCUACAUCUUCACCAGCCACAGUAGCGAAAUCUUCAAAGAAGGGCAAGUUCCAUUUUUCAAGGUUAAAAAUGCUCCUUAGUCAAGAGGAAAAAGAGCAAGAUAAAAAGCAAGAUUUGCAAAAUUUUCUUACAUCUCUUUCAUGAUUGAUGUAAUAACUAUGUAAUUUUGUGAACUCAGGACUUACACUGAAAUAUAGUGGUGCACCAAAAUGAAAAUUUUGGAGCAAAACGAAAAUGUAGCAUGUGCUUGGCAGAAAAAUGAAAAGGACUUUCCCUACCCACUUAAAAAAUAGUUUUUGUUAUAUUAUAAUCAUAUUAUCUUAGAAUUUUACACAGCCUAUUGCUCUGCAGCUGAUCAAAACCAAAACUACAACUCCCAGCAUGUUGCACUAUAAGUUAUAAGUUGGGGGGUACACAGAGGAUGGUACACAGAGGAGGGGACACUGUGGGGAGGGUACACAGAGGAGGGGGUACACAGAGGACACACUAUUGGGGAGUAUACAGAGGAGGAGACACAGUAGGGGGUGCACAGAGGAGGAAACACUGUAGUGGAGUACACGCGGGGACACACUGUGGGGGGGGGGUUCACAGAGGAGAGGACACACUGUAGGGGUUUCAGAGAAGAGAGGACACACUGUAGGAGGAGACACAGUAGGGGGUACACAGAGAGUGGGGGGAGACACACUGUAGAGGGGCACAAAGAGGAGGAGACACUAAAGGGCGGUACACAGAGAAGACACACCGUAGGAGUGAACACAUAAAAAGGGGUACACAGAGGGGACACAUUCUAGGGGCGUAUCCACUGUAGGGGCAGGGACACUAUAGGGGGGUACACACAGGCCUUCCUCUCAGUUUGACAUUACGGCUGCAUGGCGCUGCGCUCUUCAUCUCUCCGCUACCCACCAUUUUUCUGAGCUCCACAACACCUGGUAGUGAGGAGGAGGCAGUACAGCCCUGGCAGUCCGGAAAGCCAUUGAGACUGGAGUUGUACACGUUGCAGGAACAGAGGUAAAGUGAAGCAGCCGCUCCGGACACGCAAUGAAUUCGCUUCAUAGGUCAGGGACAUAUGUAGGGCACAAACCACACCCCCUACUGUAAGCCACACACACUCACAAAUUUUCCUUUCUGCAAAAUGCUGAAUGCACCAUUUUUGGCUGAUAAUUUUUGGUUGCCAAAAUGUUGUUGCAUCCCUCCUAAAAAUCUAAAUAUUGCUAAACUUGAUCUUGAAGAGAAUUGUUUUCAAGCAAUAAUGUACAAGCACAACAUUUGUAUGUCAAAGAAAUAUCCUAGCAUUUAUUACUUAUCGACUGGGAAUAAAUUAUAUUUAUCACAGUGGUCACCAAGGAUUUGCUGUUUCAGUCAGUGCCAUUUAGCUUUAACCCCUUAAGGACGCAGGACGUAAAUGUACGUCCUGGUGAGGUGGUACUUAACGCACCAGGACGUACAUUUACGUCCUAAGCAUAACCGCGGGCAUCGGAGCGAUGCCCGUGUCAUGCGCGGCUGAUCCCGGCUGCUGAUCGCAGCCAGGGACCCGCCGGCAAUGGCCGACGCCCGCGAUCUCGCGGGCGUCCGCCAUUAACCCCUCAGGUGCCGGGAUCAAUACAGAUCCCGGCAUCUGCGGCAGUGCGCGAUUUAAAUGAACGAUGGGAUGGCCCGCAGCGCUGCUGCGGGGAUCCGAUCAUUCAUAACGCCGCACGGAGGUCCCCUCACCUUCCUCCGUGCGGCUCCCGGCGUCUCCUGCUCUGGUCUGUGAUCGAGCAGACCAGAGCAGAAGAUGACCGAAAACACUGAUCUGUUCUAUGUCCUAUACAUAGAACAGAUCAGUAUUAGCAAUCAUGGUAUUGCUAUGAAUAGUCCCCUAUGGGGACUAUUCAAGUGUAAAAAAAAAUGUAAAAGUGAAAAAUCCCCUCCCCCCAAUAAAAAAGUUAAACGUCCGUUUUUUCCUAUUUUACCCCCAAAAAGCGUAAAAAACAUUUUUUAUAGACAUAUUUGGUAUCGCCGUGUGCGUAAAUGUCCGAACUAUUAAAAUAAAAUGUUAAUGAUCCCGUACGGUGAACGGCGUGAACGAAAAAAAUAAAAAAAGUCCAAAAUUCCUACUUUUUUAAUACAUUUUAUUUAAAAAAAAUAUAAAAAAUAUAUUAAAAGUUUUUUAUAUGCAAAUGUGGUAUAAAAAAAAAGUACAGAUCAUGGCGCAAAAAAUGAGCCCCCAUACCGCCACUUAUACGGAAAAAUAAAAAAGUUAGAGGUCAUCAAAAUAAAGGGAUUAUAAACGUACUAAUUUGGUUAAAAAGUUUGUGAUUUUUUUUUUAAGCGCAACAAUAAUAUAAAAGUAUAUAAUAAUGGGUAUCAUUUUAAUCGUAUUGACCCUCAGAAUAAAGAACACAUGUCAUUUUUACCAUAAAUUGUACGGCGUGAAAACAAAACCUUCCAAAAUUAGCAAAAUUGCGUUUUUCGUUUUAAUUUCCCCACAAAAAUAGUGUUUUUUGGUUGCGCCAUACAUUUUAUGAUAUAAUGAGUGAUGUCAUUACAAAGGACAACUGGUCGCGCAAAAAACAAGCCCUCAUACUAGUCUGUGGAUGAAAAUAUAAAAGAGUUAUGAUUUUUAGAAGGCGAGGAGGAAAAAAUGAAAACGUAAAAAUUUAAUUGUCUGAGUCCUUAAGGCCAAAAUGGGCUGAGUCCUUAAGGGGUUAAAGGAGUGGCAGGGCACAUUAGUUGCUUGUUCUGGUCAACAGGGUUUCUAGCACUUGGCUCUCCACUGAUGUUUGUUUAGAAUCUGACGUUAAUUGAUUGUGCAUGCCAGACUGGGGAACGCAGCAUGUUCCACUAGCCAGCGUUCAACUUGAGAUGCUGGAUGAAUGUGAACUGUCCCAUUUAAAUGAAUGGGAUCAGUUCUACUAUGUUUCCCUCUGGUACUUUUUUUUUUUUACAUUGUCGGAGGGAAACCCCUUUGGCAGUGCACAUAUAUGAAAGAGGCUUAAUUAGCCUUCAUUAAAAAAAAAAAAAAAAAAAAU